CCCUCUGGCGCCCCUGACUAACUUGUGUCAGAAGAGACUCCCCCCCGGACCAGUGCUUUCGGUGGACGAAGAGUACCCUGCAUCUCCUGCUCCAAUUAAGAGGAAACAUCUUGUCGCUCUCUCUGUAAUCUUUUAGAAGAGAAUAAGUUGAUAGACGUCUGGGAAGAAAUUUGUCACCCCCCCUGCAAUUGUUAUACUGUCUACAGUUGUGAUUGCAUGAGUUUGGCAAACCGGUAUCUCGCGGUCUGUAGGCGACCUCUCGUGACCAAACCUGGUAAAACAGUCCGUUCUGAUAUAGACCAUAAGAAUCUUUUAGGAAAACCCCUACAAGAAAAGUGGGAGGGACCUUUCCAAGUGCUGCUGACUACCUUCACCGCGGUUCGGAUCAAGGAACGACCUACGUGGAUCCACUAUUCACGGGUCAAGAGAGCUCCGGAAAACAAACAAGAAGAGCUUAAACCUGCCCUAGAUGUACAGACUUCUGAGUCAGCUGACUCCGCAGGAUCACGUGAGAAUCCAACAUAAACUAACAUUGACUUUGCCAAAACCUUUAUCUAUCAUAGCAGAAUUUAAUGCCGAAGCUAGAGCUGCAUUGCGUAGCACGCCAAUACAGUGGAUAGGGUGGGUUGAAACAUAUAGUCAACAAGGACCUGACCCACAGGACCCUAUUCACGAUCAGCCGUGUUUUGGGUGUGGGGAAAGAAAUUGUGUGGGACUAAUUGGAUUUCUUUGUGGAGGUUGUGAUAGAAAAUUUUGGAACGUACAAAGUUGUUUACUGGACCUCCAAUGUUAUGAGUGUAGCUGCAAAGAAGCAAGGGAAAAUGACGACUAUUUGGCCUUAGAGAAAUUCGCCAACAGACCCAUUUUAGAGGCUAGGGAAUUGUUUGAAGCUCCCGAACAAAUUGUAUUAGGGUGGUGCCAUUGGAAAGUACACCGCUGGUUACAAUAUUGUUUGAAACUUAGUCGUUCCAAGGUUUUAUCGACCCGCUGCUAUUCUUCUCUCCCACGACAUCCACUAACAAGUGACCAAAUUGGACCCUUUAAAAAACAAAGAGAUUUAGACACUGAACUAGAAAAGGUUAUUUUACGGGUAGAACAAAUUCGCAUCAAACAACGAGAGCGCCAAAAGAAACAAAAUUGACAGCCAGACAUCAUGACCCCGACUCCACCUCAAACCUUUGCAACUCUGAUCAUUGGACUCUCGAUAAGUAUAGCUCUUCCCCAAGACCCUUCCCCAAUAGACCCAUGGUCUCAGGCACACCAGUGUAUCCAUCCAGAAUUGGGAAUGAGGAAACUCUAUUUCGAGGUUUAUGCCUUACGUAACAACCAGCCAUUUCCAAGUGAAACAUGGGAGCGGCUCUCCAUGGUAGCGAACAAGGGAGACCAGAUUCAGGUUGGGUGUCGAGAGCUUGACCCGGUAGAAGGACCGGUAGAAGGAAAAACGAGGCGACUAGUAUUAACCAUUCAACCCUCGAACCCAGACUCUGAAAAUGACAUAAUCACCUAUAGUCCAGUGAAGAUGGGCAAGCCCACUAUUUGGACUCAGCAUAAGGGCCCGAUUUCAUGUCAGUGGGCUGAUUUCAGGGGAGAUCCACCCGGGUCCCAACCCCGGACCUCGGUAAUUUAUAGAGAGGAUUCGCUUGGGGAACUACGUCCCCAGAACAUAACCUAUAACCCUCACCCCCUUCUCCAUCUUCCGGGAGAAAUUGUAGCAUCUAGUGGCCCAAAGGAAGGGAAAGCACAGUGUGAGAUGGCAUUCAGAUUAGAUCAGGCAAUGAUGUUCACGUGUGAAAGAGAAUCGAAGACACUGAGACAGGGUUCUUUCUUCCCUAAGCGUAAUGGUGCAUAUGAGGUGGGCGUGAUCCCAUCAGAUCCGGAUGUAAACUCGACCCAAGAAACCAUCCUACCAGUGGAAUGUAAAGCAGUACAUAACCUAACCUUUAUAGGGCCUCAGGUGAUAAGAAAAUCUAACGAACUAAAAUUGUUGUUAGACCCCACUUAUUCCCUGAAAAAGGUGCAAAUGAACAUUCAGACCGAUAUUACUUAUUUGCAAAAGGAUUGCCGACCAUUUAUACAGCAAAGCCUUAAGGGAUGGAAUGCAUGGUUAGCGACAAGGUCUCAUCACAGAAGAACAAAAAGAGAUCUAAGUGGGUGGAUUGGCACCGGAUUUGGCAUAGUAAACACAAUAGAUCAAGAAGUAUUAGUAAACAAGUUAAGUACCGUCACAUCAAGCUUAGGAAAGCUUAAGGUGCCCCUCAGUUCAUCCAUGUUUACAUUAGCUGAAACACAAUCACUAGUGGUGAAAUUACUAACCAUGGUAGCAAACCAUACUGCAGAGGAUUUUGUGAAGCUCGCUGACUACACAGGGGAACUUAGCAGAGACAUUGCACUCGCUAUCCAAUGCUCUCAGACGCAACAAUGGGUGCAAUCAGUAGCGGCAGGAAUAAUGAGAGAAGGAACGUCAGGUAUAUUACCUCAAGAAAUAAGGGAAACAAUAUUAAAGGACAAUCAUACUACACAAUUUGAGCGGGACCAUCAGGCUUGGUGGCAAUUAGUGAACUUCACUUAUGAGCCUCAACAGGAACACAUUGAAGCUUAUGUUCUCACCAUUAGUGCGGCAGAGGAAAGAGCUAUCUUUCCCAUCCUCACCCUAGGGACAAUACACCAAGAUGCCAUUGUCAGGCCAAUAGACCAUAACGUCUGGGCCAGUUAUGAUUACACCAAAAAUAGGUGGCAAUCGGUUAGCACAGAAGCAUGUAUCCCUAGAGGACAAUUAGGCUAUGUUUGCGAAAAUGCUGUGGUAGAAGCCGAAGAUUUAUGUUUAGAUGCUGAAAAUAGUGUAUGUACCUUAGAAAUGCUUCCGCAUGAUAGAACACAAUCACAAGUUUACUAUAUAGGAAAUGGGUGUGCUUGCGUAAGGACGGCUUGUGACAACGUCACUAUAGAUAAUUGCCAAGAAGAGACUAACAAUACUAACUUUUGUGUAUGCAACUUUGCCAAGAUCGUAGGUUGUGAUUUUCAUUACACUGUCCCAAUAACUACCCAACAGCUAAUUAACGCAAAUUUCAACCUAUAUCAAGAGAUAUCGAAAUUACAAAUAGGGAUGGACGUCAAGAUUCUUAAAGCAAUGCUUGCACACCCUGAAGUAAAGAAAUUGGUGCAAAAGGUGAAUCAAACAACUAAACGAAUGGUAUGGCAGAUCGAACACAAUUCAGAGAGAAUAAAAAAUGUCCUGACCAAAGUAGAACAAGUAGGCCAGCAUCACUGGUGGGACAUCUUUACAGGAUAUUCCCCAACAGCUACACAGGUCUUCCAUUACCUGGUGCACCCAAUGCUAGUAGUAAUUGGAGCUUUGCUGUUACUAACUCUUAUAAACAUUUGUUUGUGGUGGAGACUCAGGAGCAUAAUGAAAAGGACCCAAAUGAUUUGGGCAAUGGUACGAGCCUAUCAACGUCCUGUGGGACCAGAACUUGACGAAAGAAUUCGUAAGUUACAAGAAAAAGGGGGGAAAUGAAGCCCUAAAGCAGAUAGCCUUCUAGAAGUAAUGGGUUAAAACAUGGAAUGUGAGGCCUGUAAAGCGGGGCCUAGCACUAGAACACACGGAGAAAGCACAGCACUAGGAAA